AUGGCAGACCCUCAGAACGCCAACCCUACCAUCUUGAAUGCCUCUGACCUCCCCACAAGAAGGCGACGAGCAUCUUCGGACAAGACCGCCCAGAAUGGUCCAGGCAUUUUCUCCUAUCCGUCACCAGCCUACUCCAAUGAUCCUUUUUCACAAGCAACAAACUCCAAAGCCGAGUCUGACAGUGACUCCGACUCCAUUGUUGAGCCCAUCGACGAACAAGAAAUCUACGAUCUGAUCUCCACCAUAUCCGAUCCAGAACAUCCAUUGUCGCUGGGCUCCCUGGCAGUCGUCUCAUUGCCAGACAUCUCCAUCAAGCCCACUAUACCAUCAAGACCUCAAUCGACACUUCAGACCGUCACCGUCCUCGUCACACCCACCAUCACACAUUGCAGUCUCGCCACCGUCAUCGGGCUGGGUGUUCGCGUGCGGCUAGAGCAAUCUUUGCCGGCUCGAUUCAGGGUUGAUGUCAGGAUCAAGGAAGGCACGCAUAGCACGGCCGAGGAAGUGAACAAGCAGCUUGCGGAUAAGGAGCGCGUUGCUGCAGCCAUGGAAAAUGGCACUCUGAUGGGUGUGGUGAAGAAAAUGCUCGAGACUUGUCAAUGA